AUGUUGUCUGGUGAAAUUACACAAGAUGAUCUCAAUUGUACACAAAAAACAUAUGGUGAUGCAAUGUUAACAACUAGUGAAAAUUUUAAUGAACAAUCUCAAGAACUACUUGAUACUUGUAAAAGAAUAUUUACUUCGGUAUGGAUAUUAUAUAGACAUGAAAAUGUUAAGGAUAAUUGUAUUGCGAUUGUUUGGAAACCAGCUGUUGUCAAGAUGAAUGCAAUAACAGCAGGAAGUGAAACAGUUCAAGUAGUAAAAUCAUUAGCUGAACUAUCAAAUAAUACUGUCAAAACAACCAAUCUGACUCAAAUAUAA